CAACUCACAUACUCCAGACUCAGCUCGCUCACUUCCAAGCCGCAAGUAAAGAUGGCAGAUAAUACUAAGCGGAUCGUGUUCAGUGACAUCGAUGGAACAAUUAUGCAUGAGCCUAAGGAGUUUGAUAGGGACGCAGCAGUGCUCUUAACACCGCCCUCGGCAAGCGGUCGCCAGGGCGUCAUCUCGGCUGAGACGUUGCACCUGGUGGCGAAGCUGAGGGCCCGUGGCGCACUCUUCGUGGUGAUCAGCGGCGCGCGGCUGUCCACGCUGCUGAUGCGGCUGCCGUACCUGCCGCUGGCUGACGCCUACGUGUGCGAGAACGGCGGCCGCAUCCUGUACCCAGGCAGCGACCUGCCCACCGCCUGCCCGGUGACGGAGGACAAGGAGUGGCGUGCCUCACACGACCACGCCGCGGGCUCCAUCGAGCAGGACGCCACACCGCCGCAGGAGCGCAAGGGCCCCCUGUGGGACCUCUACCGCAAGCUGCACUCUGAGGGCUGGUCGCUGGACGCAAACGGCUACACCACCAGCUUCAGGGUGCACGCCGGCCGCAACGGCAAGUCCCUGGAGGAGCUGCGGGCGGUGGUGGCGGCGGCGCCGGCCGGCCUGGCCUCCAGCUUCAACCUGGGGGCGGCGGACUUCUACCCAGACACCUCGGGCAAGGUGAUGGCGGCGCGGCACCUGAUGGCCCGCUUCGGCGCGCCCGCCCCCGCCUGCUCCUUCCUGUGCGACGACGACAACGACCUGCAGCUGGCGGCGGAGGUGGGCCGGGCCUUCCUGCCCAGCAUCACAUCGGACUCUGUGCGUGUGGCGGCGGAGGCGCGGCCGGAGCACUUUGUCGUGGCCAAGACCGCGGGGCAGGGUGUGGUGGCGACGGAGGAGAUGCUACAUGCGGUGAUGGCCCACUACAAGUUGAACUGAGCGCCUGCGCCUACGCUGCUGUUGAGUGAACCGAGGAACCGGGAGCCCGCAGUCACAAUAGAUGUCAGUGAGCGCAUGCCUGAAGCUUGCUAUCUGUUGAGCUCAUGUUGGGUGUGAAGGGGCGAGGGCGUGGAGGAGUCGGGGAAGAUUGCUGCUACGUAUGGGAAUAAUGAACAAUGAUGCGCGGCCGUGGUAAUGCGAGCGUGUUGAUGACUGUGAAGCAUUAUGGGCAGGCGCGUUGACUCUGUCACUCGAAACUGACCUGCCUUGCUUGCAAACUCCAGCACUGAUGGUACACUGGUGAGCGUAUUUUAUAUGAGGAAAGGUGCAGACCCAAGAUAACAAGUACAGUCUCAGGCGCCCAGCUUGUGCGGGCUGUGCAUUUCCAAGGUUGGCACCGCCGCCGCCGCUGUCUGCAGCGCCCACAUCAGCCGCGAGUCGCUGCGUCUUUGUCCGCUUUGCCACUUGCCGCUCUUGGCGCUUGUGAGGCUUUCGCUUUCGCUGCUGGGGUCGGCAAACUGCUGUCGCGGCCGCGGCCUCAGCCGGCAGGAGACAGGGCGGAUGCGGCGGUGGCACCGGGUGUCGUGAGGCAGAGGUUGAAUACCAGGAGGCGGCCCCUGUCUGUGCAGGGGCCCUGUUCAUAUCUUGAGGGGGGGAGGGGCAUUGGAGGAGCGAUGCUGCAUCAUGGGUUGCGGCCCGGAUCCAUGCACAGCGCACAGCGCAGUGCGAGACUGGCAUGAGUCAUGCUGUCACGGCAUCAACGCUGUGCCGCUGCCUGUAACCUCCUGGCGCA